CCUCAUUAUGAGCUUCGCCACACACUCCGUGGUCAUACUCAAUCAAUAUCUGCUGUAAAGUUCAGUCCAGAUGGAACUCUACUGGCCUCAUGUGCCGCCGAUAAUGUCAUCAAGAUUUGGUCACCAUUCACCGGAGAACUCAUAAGAAAUCUAAGCGGACACACCAAAGGCCUCUCCGAUAUCGCAUGGUCCGCAGACGCCGUAUAUCUUGCUUCAGCUUCAGAUGAUACCAGUAUUCGUAUUUGGGAUGUCGAUUCUGGUUUAACAACCAAACAUCUGAGAGGACAUUCCAGUUUUGUCUUCUGCGUGAAUUACAACACAGCAUCCAAUCUCUUAGUCUCCGGCGGAUGUGAAGGCGAUGUGCGAAUAUGGAAUGUCGCCAAAGGGAAAUGUAUGAAGACACUGCACGCUCAUCUUGACUAUGUCACUGCCGUGCAUUUCAACAGAGAUGCCACUCUUAUAGUUUCUUGUUCCCUAGAUGGUCUCAUUCGAAUAUGGAAUACCACUAGUGGUCAAUGCUUGAAGACCCUUGCAGAAGGUCAUGAUGCUAUAUGUCAACAUGUCCAAUUCUCUCCAAACUCUAAAUAUAUACUCUCGACAGCCCACGACAGCGCCAUACGUCUAUGGGAUUACCAUACAUCUCGGUGCCUCAAAACAUAUGUUGGACAUCGAAAUGAUAAAUAUUGUAUUGCAGCUUGUUUCAGUGUUACUGGUGGAAAAUGGAUAGUUUCAGGAAGUGAAGAUAAUAAGGUGUAUCUGUGGGAUUUGCAGAGUCGAGAAGUGGUGCAAGUACUCGAAGGCCACGAAGGUGUU